AUGAGCGACCCGAAUAAAUAUGCGGAGACUAUUACUAGACGGGACGCUUUAAGCAGCAUAUUUGAAAGCUAUAAAGAAGCAAGCGUGAAAUAUAGCGAAUAUUUAGAGCGAGAAGAAGAUAAAAAAGCGGUCCAAAAACUACUAGAAAGCGAAGUAUUGAGAUACAUCGAAUUCAUUCGAAUUUAUUCGGAAUGGUUGCGUAAUUUAAGUCUGUUAUCUAAAGAGCAUAACCGACAUGAUGAAACGCAUCAUGAAACAAACAAUGUUACGGAACAAUUAAGACGUUUUGAUAGAACAAUAGAUGAUGAAACGCAUCAUGAAACAAACAAUGUUACGGAACAAUUAAGACGUUUUGAUAGAACAAUGGCUGAUGCUGCAUUAGAGCCAUUUGUUGAAAUUCCUUUGAAUAGAGAUGCGGCAUUCCAAAUUCCUAAGAAACAAAGCGACUUAGUUUAUAAUUCAGAACAGAGCGUAGGAAGCAAGAAACAGAACGAUUCGGUUUGUAAUGCGGGCCGAAGCGAGGGAGGUAAAUUAAAAACUAAUCGGAAUUCAGAAACAAACUUAAAAAUGUCAGUAACAAGUAGACAAAGUCAGAAGUUGGCGAUGGCUCAGUGGAAAUUAGCGCAACUUGAAGCAAGGCAGUUACUCUUGGAUGAGCAACAUAAACUCGAAACUGAAAUGCGAGAAAAAGAAUUUAAAACAGAAAUGGCUAGAUUGCAAAUGAAGAAAGAAAUUAUUGAUGCUCAAGAAGAAGUUUGCAUAUGUGCCCUAGAAUCUCAGUAUUCACAAGUCGAUGAUGACCAUGCGUUAGAGAGGAGGUCACUGCAAUCUCUGAAUAUUGAAAGUCAGACUCUUCAUCAGAAGAUGGAGAAAUUUUUCAGUUCAGAAUUUCCUGUCGACUGUUGUAAUCACAAAUCAGAACCACAGAAGUUGGAUGAAAAUUUGGUUAACCAAGACCUAAAAACUGUUGAUGUGGACAAAGAAGUUAACCGUAAAGUAACUAAAGAACAGACAACACAGAACCUUGGUGACAAUGUCCAUACUGAGAAGUCUGAAUUGCACCGGAUCUUAGAACGUCAGACCCUGUUGAUGGAAAGACAACAAGCGACAGUAGAAAGAUUCACGACAGGGAUGGAACUGCCAAAGAGAGAGUUUCUAUAUUUCGAUGGUAAUCCAGUAAAUUAUACAACAUUCAUGAGGAAUUUCGAGCUAAAUGUGGAAAACAGAGUACAAGAAACAAGCGUUAAACUGUCCUUUUUGAUUCAAUAUACGAGUGGUACAGCAAGAGAAGCGAUCGAAAAUUGUGUGAUUUUACCAGCAGAUGAAGGUUAUGCAAAGGCCAAAGAGAUCUUAAGGAAGAACUUUGGACAAAAACAUAUAAUCGUUCGCGCAUUUGUUGAAAGAGUCACAAAAGGUCCACAGAUUAAGCCUGGUGAACCAGACAAGUUAAUGCAAUUGGCUCGGAAUAUGCGUAAUUGUUUGUUGAACUCCACGCAGCUGAACUAUAAAGCGGACAUCAACGCAAUGGAUACCCUUUCGAAGAUUGUAAAGAAACUACCUUCGUAUUUACAAGCAAAAUGGGCAGAACGUUCUGGUACUCUAAUUGGAUGUGACAUCGAACCUGAAUUUCAACAUUUGACAGAAUUUGUGGAGAAAAAUGCUUCCACUGCAAACACAAUAUUCGGAAAAUUGGUUGGGGCAAAACCAGAUGAUGAUAACAAGAAUAAAUUCAGACCACGAAUAGCAAACAAAGGAACAUUAGGAGUUACUAGAUAUACAGAAACCCAAACCAGUGAGACACGGCAAUGUUGA